AUGAAGGAUGGCAACAACCUCAGUGCACUCAACAUGCGCUACAGUCGGGAACUCAAGAAGGACAUCGAUGAUCUGGAGCUGACUCUGGCUAAAGUGGAAAAGGAAAAGCAUGCCACUGAGAACAAGGUUAAAAACCUGACUGAAGAGAUGGCAGCUUUGGAUGAGAUCAUUGCCAAGCUGACCAAAGAAAAGAAAGCUCUUCAGGAAGCUCAUCAGCAAACGCUGGACGACCUGCAGAGUGAGGAGGACAAAGUCAACACUCUGACCAAGGCCAAAGCCAAGCUGGAGCAGCAAGUCGAUGAUCUUGAAGGUUCUCUGGAACAAGAGAAGAAGGUCAGGAUGGACCUUGAGAGAGCAAAAAGGAAGCUGGAAGGAGAUCUGAAGUUGAGCCAGGAGAGCCUAAUGGACCUUGAGAACGACAAGCAGCAACUUGAAGAGAAGCUGAAGAAAACACCAGCCUGCUGAACCAGAAGAAAAAGCUGGAGAGAGACACUGCCUAGAUUCAGAAUGAGGUGG